AUGAGUUUGCCCUGGAGGAGAAACUUAGAGAACCUUACCAUCAGCCGCCCAUUUAAAGCUGCGAUAAACGACGGCAUCGGACCAGAGGAACAGCAGCUCCUCACGUCCGGCUUCAGGACGGUCCAGAAACCCCAGACGUCCCGUCGCCUUCUCGCCUUCUUCGCUCAGGGCUGCAGAUCAGUUCACGUUGACAGAUUAGAGGAAAAUGUGCAAAUGUUUAUGGUCGCCGCGGUGGGCAGGACUCGAGGUUUCCGGCGCGCGCCGCCGCAGGACGUUUCCAGCCCCGGCCCAUAUUUGGUGAAAGUCUUUCAGGACUCCGUCAUCCAGCUCCGGGGGGCGGCGGCGGCACUGGGAGCGGGUCCGGCGACGGCACGGCCGCAGCGCUGCUGCCGAGUGCCUGGGCCUCCGGCCGCGGGGUCUCAGGCGCGGCGGGCGCGGGAUCGAGCGCGCGCGGGAGACCGCCGCGGCCCAGGCCCAGCCCCAGCCCGCACCCCGGCGAGGGCCGAGGCCCAGCCCGCGCUGCGUGGGAGGCUGGCGCAGAGGGCGCCGCGGCCGGAUUAUGUCACUUUUCCCGUCCACCCCACUGUUGACUCUUCCUCCCAGCGGGGCAGCGAGUUGCUGCGUUGUGCCAGACUUAGAGGUAAUGACAGAAGCAAACAGUGCCACUCUAAGUCAGGCACCGUUUUGAAUGACUCCUGUAUGUUGACUCAUUUAACUCACCAGUGCCCCAUUGAAGCAGAUCUUCUUGUUAACACCAUUUUCUCUCUAAAGAAAUGGAGGCACAGAAGGAGUGGGACUGGUUGCCAGGAGAAUCAACCUUGUGAUUGGAGGCUUGGAACUUUCAAUCCCACCCCCAACCUCUGGGGAGGAGGAAGCCUGGAGGUUGAAGCAGUUGCCAGCUGUCAGUGAUUUAAUCAAUCAUGGCUAUGUAAUGAAGCCUCCGUAAAAUCCAAAGAGGAAAGGGUUCAGAGAGCUUCUGGCUUGGUGAACACUUGGGUGUCUGGAAGAGUGCACACCAGGAGAGGACGUGGAAGUUCCUCGCCCUGUACUCAUACCUUGCCCUACCCAUCUCUUCCAUCUGGCUGUUCCGGAAUUAUAUCCUUUUAUAGUAAACCUGUAAUCUAGUAAGUAAAAUGUAUCUUGAGUUCUGUGAGCCACUCUAGCAAAUUAAUGGAACCCGAGGAGGAGGUUGUGGGAACCUCUGAUUGAGAGCCCAUCGGUCGGAAGUGCAGAUAACAAUCUGGACUUGUGUUUUGCAUCUGAAGUCCAAGGUGGGGGCCAAGGGAACUUCCAAUCUAUAACUGGUUGGUCAGAAGCACAGGUAACCUGGGCUUGCAACUGACUUCUGAAGUGGUGGGGGAUGGAGGGAGGGCAGUGUUGUAGGACUGAGCUCUUACCCUGCAGAAUCUGAUGCUGUCUCUGGGUAGAUAGUGUAUGAAUUGAGUCAAAUUGUAGGACACCCAGCUGGCAUCCAAGAAUUGCUUGACAGCAUUGGGGGAAACCCCUCCACCCACACACAUGGUGAAAUUGGUGAUCUAGAACAUUUUAUGGGAGAAGCAGCAAGUGCGGAAGCAAAGCUGAUAUGUUUGAUUUCAGAUCCCUUGAACCCAGCUCCAGAUGGAGAUGUCCAGGGAGCAUUUAGAAAUUCGUAAUUUCAUUUUGGAAAACAGAGACUAAAGAUGUCAUUUUAGAAUCAUAUUCAUUCAGGUGAUGGUUGAAUCCAUGGAGGCAGAUAAGAUUUGUAAGGAAGGGAAUAUACAAGAAAAAGAGAAGAAAAUUAAAGAAUGGAGACUUUAAACAGGAACCAGAGAAAGAAGAAUUUGAGCAUUUGGAGAAGAACUGGAACAGGACCAUGAACCUGAAUCCAAAGAGAAACAGUGCUAAACAUGAGCAUACAUUCACAGACAAAUUGUGCUGCUCCUGGAGUCCUAUAUAUUUCAGCAUCUGAUGAGCAUCUGUUGGUUGAGUUGCCUCUUAAAAGUAAUGCUGUAGAAGAAUUUAGGACAUAGCUUCUAUGGCAUCCAGUUGGAAAUGUACUUAAGAAUGUCUAUGAAUCAAUAAAAGAAAAAUUAUUGUUAUAUCCCAAGUAAGGCUGUCUUCUGAGAUCAUUUGUCCAUUGCAGGAAAUCAGUUUCACCUAUACAAAACAGGAGCUCUGGUAGCCUCUGCUGAGACUUUUCGGUAGAAAAUGCUUUGAAAAAGAAAAGAAAAGAGAGAAGCAGCUAUUUUGAAGACUGACUUUCUAAAAUUAUAUUUAGAAGCUCUUCUACCAGCAAAGAAAGAGGAUUUCUUCCCAUUUGGCUCCAGCCUGGAAACAAUCCCAAGAAUGACUUGUAUUGGAUCAAUGGAGGUUGCAUACUCCCUCCCAAACCGCACACCAAGCCAGGAAGAUGGGGUAAUAUGAUUGGUCCAAUCAAGAGUUCACGUCGACCCUUAUCAUUAAGUGAGGACACAGUGAGAAGGUGGCCAUCUGCAAGCCAGGGAGACAGCUCUCACCAGAACCCAACCAUACUGCCACCCUGACCUCAGAUUUCCAGUCUCCAGAACUGUGAGAAAAUAAACUUCUGUUGUUUAAGCCGCAUAAUCUAUGGGGUUUUCUUAUGGUCGCCCAAGCUUAUUGAUACAAUCUCCAAGAUUUAUUUGUAGGUAGGGAAAAGGGGGUGCCAAAAGAGUGUACUGUUGGGAUGAAAAAAAAGAAAAGAGUCUAUACUUGUACUGGUUUGUAUAUCCAUUCUAAACGUCCUGGGAAUAAAUGAGAAACUAAUAAUGUUGUUUACUUUUUUGUGGGGCUAUAGGAACUUGACAGAGGACGGGGUGGAAAGGAACCUUUGCUGUAUAUCCUUCUCUAUCUUUUGAUGUUUGAACUAUGUGUAUGUGCCACCACUUCAGAAAACUAAAUAAAUAAAAUUCAUUUAAAAAUAA